AUGACUCUCAGAAUCGUCUUUGGCGGAGACGAUGCCGGAUUUGCCUACAAAGCGGCAAUCAUCAAGGAUCUCGAGACUAAUACCGCCGUGUCAACCAUCGUUGACAUAGGCUCGCAGAGAGCUACCGACAAAAGCGCAUACGCUAGCAAUGCUGUAGCUGCUACUCAAGUUGUUGUCAAGGGAGAUGCUGACAGAGCGAUUCUUAUCUGCGGUACAGGCUUGGGAGUGGCUAUUGCAGCCAACAAAGUUCCUGGCAUCCGCGCAGUAACUGCCCACGUUAGCUUCAGUGUGGAAAGGGCAAUCAAGAGCAAUAAUGCCCAGGUGCUCUGUCUUGGAGAGCGGGUUAUUAGAAUUGAACUAGCGCGGAGGCUCGUUACAGAAUGGCUUAGCUACGAGUUCGACCCCGUAAGUCCCUCAUGA